UCUACUCAACUUCGUAGUUCGUACAACUACCUCUGUCUCAGCUCCACCGGUCUCCAAAUCUCGGAAGGAAGGUGCUUGCCUCCGAUCGAAUCGUGGAGAUUUGCGUUUAGUUCCGGCGAUAUCACCGUCCGUCACAAUGCCGUCGGCGUUCGGAGGUCCUCUGACCACGUUCGAGGAUUCUGAAAAGGAAAGCGAGUAUGGAUACGUCAGGAAGGUAUCUGGUCCAGUCGUCGUUGCUGAUGGGAUGGCAGGGGCUGCUAUGUAUGAGCUUGUUCGUGUUGGACAUGACAAUCUUAUUGGGGAAAUCAUCCGGUUGGAAGGAGAUUCUGCUACAAUUCAGGUCUAUGAAGAAACAGCUGGCCUUAUGGUCAAUGACCCUGUUCUACGUACACGCAAGCCAUUGUCAGUGGAGCUGGGUCCUGGAAUAUUGGGGAACAUCUUUGAUGGUAUUCAGAGGCCAUUGAAAACAAUUGCGAUAAAGUCUGGUGAUGUCUAUAUUCCCCGUGGUGUUUCUGUUCCUGCCCUUGAUAAAGACAUCCCUUGGGAAUUUCAACCUAAGAAAUUAGGUGAAGGAGACCUAUUAACGGGCGGAGACCUAUAUGCAACUGUCAUUGAGAACAGUUUAAUGCAACAUCAUGUUGCACUUCCUCCAGAUGCAAUGGGAAAGAUUACUUAUAUUGCACCAGCUGGCCAAUACUCACUGAAGGACACUGUUCUCGAACUUGAGUUUCAAGGUGUCAAAAAGCAGUAUACUAUGCUUCAGACUUGGCCUGUACGUACACCCAGGCCCGUUGCAGUGAAGCUAGCUGCUGACACCCCUCUGCUUACUGGGCAGCGUGUUCUCGAUGCCCUAUUCCCUUCGGUGCUUGGAGGUACUUGUGCAAUACCUGGUGCUUUUGGGUGUGGAAAAACAGUGAUUAGCCAGGCUCUUUCCAAGUAUUCUAACUCGGACACUGUUGUUUAUGUUGGUUGUGGAGAAAGAGGAAAUGAAAUGGCAGAGGUCCUGAUGGAUUUCCCUCAAUUAACAAUGACACUGCCAGAUGGUCGUGAGGAAUCUGUGAUGAAACGUACUACACUUGUUGCCAAUACUUCUAACAUGCCUGUGGCUGCUCGUGAAGCUUCAAUUUAUACAGGAAUUACUAUAGCUGAAUAUUUCAGAGACAUGGGCUACAACGUUAGUAUGAUGGCUGAUUCUACUUCUCGUUGGGCAGAAGCAUUGCGUGAAAUUUCUGGUCGACUGGCCGAAAUGCCUGCAGAUAGUGGUUAUCCUGCAUAUCUGGCAGCACGUUUGGCAUCUUUCUAUGAGCGUGCGGGUAAAGUUAAAUGUCUUGGUGGACCUGAAAGAACUGGGAGUGUCACCAUUGUUGGUGCCGUUUCUCCUCCAGGAGGAGAUUUCUCAGAUCCUGUUACAUCCGCUACCCUUGGUAUUGUUCAGGUUUUCUGGGGUUUGGACAAGAAAUUGGCACAAAGGAAGCAUUUUCCUUCUGUAAAUUGGUUGAUUUCCUACUCGAAGUACUCGGGGGCACUGGAGUCUUUUUAUGAGAAGUUUGAUCCUGAUUUCAUUGACAUAAGAACAAAGGCUCGUGAAGUGCUGCAGAGGGAAGAUGACCUAAAUGAAAUUGUGCAACUUGUUGGAAAGGAUGCUCUAGCUGAAACAGAUAAAAUUACCCUUGAAACUGCCAAACUUCUGAGGGAGGACUACCUUGCACAAAAUGCUUUUACACCAUACGACAAGUUCUGCCCAUUCUACAAAUCUGUUUGGAUGUUACGUAACAUUAUCCAUUUCUACAACUUGGCCAAUCAGGCCGUUGAGCGUGGAGCUGGUAUGGAUGGCCAGAAGAUUACUUAUAGUUUGAUUAAGCAUCGCCUGGGAGAUCUGUUCUACCGUUUAGUGUCCCAGAAAUUCGAGGAUCCUGCGGAAGGAGAAGAUGUUUUGAUUGGCAAGUUCAAAAAGCUUCAUGAAGACUUGAUUGCUGGUUUCCGCAACCUUGAGGAUGAAACUCGAUGACUGUUUUAGCAUGCAUAGAUUAUCCACUCAGCGCAUUGAGCAGAAAGGUGGGUUUUGUUUGUAUUAUUUAUAUAUAAGAUCAGUCCAGUUUGGCAUUUUAUUGCACGUUUAGUCCAGCAGCCCGAGGGGGAGAUCGAUGGGGACGAAAGGAACGCCGAAGCAUUGCGAUUUUUUGUUCUAUAAUUUGCUUAAUAUUUGGUGUGCAGUUUGGGGAGUCGUCUUACUUGAGUUAUUAGCAUAAAUAAGUGGGGUCAUAAUAUUUAUUCUUCUAUGCCCGUCGCCCGUCGACUAUAAUUAUGCCUGUGGCCAAUAAGUCUGUUGUGACUUGUGACAUCUUAAUAUCUUCAUUUUUUAAAUUAUUAUUAUUAUUUGUUGCAUUGA